GGCGCCUGGAAGGAUUUGCAUAAUCACAACGUCUCACGAUAACAGACAGCAUCAUAUCGCACCAUGGUCCCUUCCGUGCCUGUCACACGCACGUCGACUAGCGUGGCGAUCGCCAGGCAGUCGCGCCGCCCGAUUGGAUGUCUCGCAUCUGACUCCUCGAGGCUGCGACUUGAACCUCGCGCCUCGACUCUCUUCUUCUCCAUGAUACCCACACACCCUCAGUCUCUCUGAAAUCCCGUGAAAGGGUUUACCAGCAUUACUUAUAUCAAAUUGCAAACAUGUCGUCCUCUAUUGCUAUCCCCAAGCGCAAGAAUAAGCAGCUCGAGCACGCGAGCGAGUCCAUGUCAGUCGGUAGCAGCUCGUCGAGCUAUCCGCAGUCUUCAUACGGUAGCUUCGAGGCUGCGAGCCCACGGUCAGCGAACAAGACGAGGAGGCCGAGUCUCAUGUCUGCAUCAUUCUCGAAAGCCGAGCACACAGUUGUGAACGUAGGAGAUGCUGAGUUCCCCAGGCUGAUCACCUGCAUCAAGACCAGCCAGGGUUUUGACUGGAAUCAGGAGAUGUUCCUGCCCAGCUACGCCGACUUCCACUUCGAUGACCUCGAGCGCCGACAGGACCCUGUUGAGGAUAUCGUGGUGACAGAUGAGGAGAUGAAGAACAUGUUCCCGGCAUCUUAAGGCCGAGCACCACACCGUCAUACAUUGGGCGGAGGCGUCCGAGAAGGGAAUCUACAGGCGUAUACACAAUCUUUGAUGGGAUAUGGGGCAUCUAUGGACGGGUAUCAUAAGGGCUGCAGGCGUUUAGGCUUGGGGAGUCGCCGGAAAGGCGUACCUACAUGCGCGGUUCUAUGUACAUAUCAGUAGAACCAUGCAAUGUACCAGAUACAACCCAAGCUUUGUGCAAACUGCCAGAUCAAUGCUGAUGUGUCUCGUAAUCAAGCCUCACUGC